AUGCGUCGACUUCCAUUUUUUGCCUCUUCUGCUGAGAUGGCAGACUCGUCUGCAGGGGCCGCUCGGUCUAGAGACAGAAACGCCUGUCUCUCUCAGUCGCCGCCUCUUGCGCCGCGCGCCUCGUCUACUCUCCCGCGCCCUUUCUCGCCUUUUCUGCGUCGCUCGCAGCCCGAGGGCAGGGACUGCUCUCCGCAUGAGGCUUCCCUCGCUCCUCCCGCCGCCGAGAGCCGCAGGCCGGACGGCGACCAACCCCUCGACGGAGAGGACACUGACGGCGCAGGAGACAAGCAGGAAGACGUACCUGAACCUGCAGAACGAUGCGAGAGGAGCCGGCAUUGGCGCCACUUUGAAGGGGACAGCUUCAGGGAUGCGCCUGCCCAAGAACGCGGUGAGCGGCUGGGGGCGUGCAGAGGGCGGGUGGCUCCUCGAAGCCGCGAGGCCGAAGGCAAGCAGGCAGACGAAGAUGCACGCGCCUCACCUCUGCACAUACGAGCGCCGUCGCCUCCUCCCCCUCGGCAGCCGCCCUGCUGCAUCUCUCUUUCGCCUCGCUGCUACGCCGCUGAUGCGCCGCAGUUGUUGUCUCCUCCCUUCUUGUCGCCGUCGUCGCGCUCGCUGACCUCGUCUCUCUCGUCUCUCGCCUCUCUCUCGUCUCUCGCGUCGGAAUCGUGUUCGUCUUCGUUCGCAGCUAUAGGGGCGGCGGCGGAGCGGCUUCGCCUGCGCGACCGUCUGCUGCUUCUGUUUCUGGUGUCUCUGUCGGCGGCCUCGCCGCACUUUUUUCGGCACUCGCUGACGACUUUUCAGCUCUUCUUCACGCGCGACUCGCGCCUUCAGUACUCGGACCUUCUCCACGGGCUUCUCUUUUCUCUCCUCGAACUCCCCGCUGUUCCCGCCUCGCUGCUCGCCGGCUUCUGGCGCUCCUCCCGCCGCGAACGGAGGCGGAAAGACCACGACCCGCGAGAAGAAAAAAUUCGAGAAGGGAUUCCUCCGCCAGAGGAGACGCAAGCCGAGCAGAGAGAAGCAGUCGGCGCAGAAGAAGAAGGUCGAGAGUGCAGGGGCCAGGGGGGAGAGGGAGAGCGGGCGCGUGGUGGAGAGGGGCGUGAGUCCGCGUGGGUCAGGACGCGAAGUGGAGCCUCUGCGCGGGAGAGGAGCGGCUUUGAGAAUUUGGAAGACGAACCGAGAGGUCAGGGCGACGCGCCGGAGCGCGCCGCCGCAGAGUCGCGCUCGGCGAAGGUCCUCGCCCGCCUCCACUCGCCGUCCUCCUCGCUCUCCUUCUGCGUGCCUGCGCCUCCUCCUAGUGCUCCUCUUGUCGAGCCCGCGCUCGGAGUCCCCCGUCUCCUCUCGCCGCCCCGUCGUCGGGACUUGCUCUCGAAGGCUUCCUCGCGCUCUGUCUCGCCCUCCUCCUCGCCCGAGCCUAGGGCUGCUCGCAGGCAGUCUCUGCGGACGCGGGGGCGCGCGUGGGAUGACAGCGAGCCGACUGGUAUCCUGUGGGGGGCGGCCGUCUGCUGGGUUGGUCAGUUGUGCUUCGCCGUCUCGAUUUCGGUCUUUGCCUUUCUCCCAGCGGCGUGCCUCACGAUUAUGGUGGCUGGCGCAGGCGGCGGCGCGCUCGUCGUGCUGCAGCGCGCGGCGAUCGUCUCGCUCUUCCCCGACUCGCCUGCCGGGGCUAUGGCCGUCAGCGUCGCCUGCAACGCAGUCGCCAAGACGCUGGGGCGCCUCGGGCCUGCUUUCCUCGUGUCCCUCUUCGCUGCCUCUUCCUCUUCUUCCUCUUCCUCCUCUUCCUCCUCUGCGUCGCGGCUGCCGCAGGAAGGCGAUGCGCUGGAAGCGUCCCAUGGAGAAGGAAACGCAGACUCUUCUUCGCCGUCGUCCGCGGCCAAGGUGCCCGCCGCGGCCGCUGUCUCCUCUGCGCAGCUGUUUCCCGCGAACGGAGCCGACUACUACUACUACCGCGCGCUGAUUCUCGGCAUGGCGCUCGCCAGCGGGCUGAGUGUGCUCGCGGCCUGGGGCGUGCGGCGCGUCGCGCGGCGGCUGCAUGUCUUUCUUUUCGGCGGGGCAGCAGCCGCGUCGCCGCCGCGAAAGCAUCAGCGAGCGAACGCAGAGCCGAAAAACCCGAGAAAGCCCAGCGCGCGCAGCCUGGGCUCUCUCGAGGAGCCGCUCCUCGCGGCACCCUGCGCGCCGUAUGCAGCCACAGACGCCCCGAGGGACGACGAGGCAGGGCUCGCCGGACGCGGAGACGCCCCCCUCGAACUCAGAUGGCGUCUCUGCGGUGCAACUGUGACGCCUAGAGGCGGACCAGAGAGCUUCCCGUGCGCGUCGCCGCCCUGUCUAGCCCAGGGAGAUGGAGAGAGAGAAAAAAGACCACGAGGAGAGGCGGCGGCUGUCGCACAACCUGGGGCAGGAGCGGAGACACGCGAGUCUUUUUGUGCGCCGUCGCGACCUCGCGCGAGUUCUGUGUCUCCGCCUGCUUCCGCACACUACCGGCCGCCCUUCCCGUUGGGGUCCUCGUCCUCCUCCUCGUUUCUUGACGAGGCAGAUGCGGAGGAGGUGACGAUCUACCGGAACUCUUCUUCCCUCGCGCACCGAAGGCCCCCGGGCGAGGCAGACAGCGAAGUCGCCCGACAGCGACCCUCGUCUCCUUCCUCGCUGUCGCGUUCGCCUCCGUCCUCCGCCUCCUGGUCGUCCCCCUCGCCGUCGCAGAAGUCAGGCGACGAAGCCGAUGCACUCGAGCGGCGCGAGGCGAAGGAGGGGGCUGCCGACGCGGUGGGCUGGCGCGCAUACGCCUCCUCUCACGCGGUCUGCCUCCCACCCCGACUCACACAGCCGAGCCGCGGGAAACCGACUCCCUCGUCGCCCUCGUGCGGCAGUUUCCUCGCCCAGUCUCUUCCGUCACCCCCCUCUUCGCGCUUCUCGCCGCCAUGCGGCGGGCGGGAGACCCUGAAGGCCGCUCCAGCGGCGGCUGCGGAGGCUUCUGUCGGGCUCGCCGGCGCAGGCGCGGACGAAGGCGGGGGGCGGCCGUCAGGGCGGAGAGGCGGCGGCGCGAGCCGCGUGCAGAGUCUGCCUGCAAGAUGUCGGAUGUGUUGGCGAGAACAGAGACACGAAUUUCAACGAACGAUCGGAAAGCUGGGGAAGGAAUUCUGGUCUGUCGUCAUCAUCCAUGCCCUCAUCGUCGCUGUCGGGCACUGUUUCCUCUCGUUCUCCUCCAGCAUCUUCUACCGAGUCUACAAAGCGAGUUUUCUGCACGCGGCCUUCUAUGCGGCGCUUAUCACAGUCACCACGAUCGUCCUUCUCCCAGUUUUCGCGUAUCUCAUCGACCGCGUGGGGGGCAGCCUCGCGCUCGUCGCCGUCGGGAUGCUGCUCAUGUGGCUCGUUUUCUGCGGCACCAUAGCGCUUCAGCCUCCGUCUCCGUCCGCGUUGUCCUCUUCUGCCUCUUCCUCUUCUUCGGCCUUCUUGGGUUCACCCCCGCCGCCCGCGCCGCCAGAGUUUCCUGCCGCCUCCUUUCCUUCUGCUUCUUUCCUGUCUUCCCCCCCUCAUUCUCUCCUCGUCCUUCUUCCGCUUCUUCCUUCGAUUUUGCGACUGGAUCUCUGGCCUUCGCCUCUUCUCUUCCCUGCCUCUCCGUCGGAUUCUUCUGUCUCUUCAUUGCCGUCUUCUGCCUCCUCGGCGAUGUCUCCUUCUGUCUCCGCGGCUUCACCACCGCAUUCAGGCGCCUCGGAGUCUGCAGAUGCACCAGUUCUUUAUAGUGCCUCUCCUUUGCCUCGCACUCAUGAGGGUUCUUCCCCCGCUCCGGAAGCCUCUUCCUCUUCGAUUUUCUCCGGUCCUCGGCGCGCAGUGCCGCUCGGCGUCGGCGGCUACCGGCGGCAGCCAGAGGGCGACGACGGGCACGAAGAGCAAGGCGGAAGCGCGGAGGUAGAAGAAGGCAGAUGGGCAGUGCUGACCGCGCUUCUUCUCGGCAUUGCAGAGGCGCUGCUGCCUACCGUUCUCAUGGCGCUCGUCGCAGAUAAGGCUGUCGUGCCUGACCCUGCGCUUUACGGAGUGGCCUUCGCCCUGAUGGAGGUUGGGAAGGCACUCGCCGUCGCAGGCACCGACGCCGCGUUCGGCUUCAUCGUUGACAGGCAAAAUGGCUCUUACGUCGGCGGCCUGUGGUUCCUCUGUUUAUUGAUCGUGAUUUCCGUCAUCCCAUUCGGCGUUCUAGUAUUCGCGAAGCUGUUUGGAGGCGAAGGCAACCUGAAGCACCUCCUCGCGCCGCUGUCCGCUGCAGCCUUUCUGCCUCACCCUCGCCGGCAGCUCUACCGUUAG